AUGGAGGCGCCUGGUCCUGCGCCAGCAGCCCGUUCCCGCUGAGCAGCUGGACGCAUCUGCAACCCUCGUGGGGGUGCUGAGUGCCCCCUACCCACUCAUUGCAGCCAUGGCAGAGACGGCGGCAGCUGAGGAGCCCCUGGACCUGAAAUCUGAGCAUGAGCCCGACGACGACCAGCUGCCUUCGUGCCAAGUCUCCCUCAGUGACUCGGACUCAGAACUCAGCCAGCCUAGCGGCCCCGAGCUAGAUGCUUUGUCCCCCGAGGACCUGUCUGAGGACCCUCAAGGGGGUUCCGGCCCCGAUGAGCCCUCUUCGCCUCCCAGGAAGCCCCCGGCCGCCCCGGUGCAGCCUUUCCACCUGCGUGGCACCAGUCUCACCUUCUCGGAGCGCAGCCAAAGCAUCUUUGACUGUCUGGAGGGCGCAACCCGUCCGCUUCCGAGCCGCAGUGGGGACUUUAAGCAGCCCCUGGCUCCCUCGGACUUGCCCCCAGCCGUGCGCCCACGGAAGGGACCCCCUGUCCCCGACUACGUGGCACACCCCGAGCGGUGGACCAAGUACAGCCUGGAAGAAGUGGCAGAGCCCACAGAGCAGAGCAACCGUGCAGCAGCAGUCGCCUUCCUGGGUGCCCGGAGUCGGGCACUCCCAGACUACACGCCCUCCUUCAACCAGGAUCCCUCCAGUUCUGGAGAGGGCCGCGUCGUGUUCAACAAGCCCGAGAGAAAGAGACCCCUGCAAGGAGAUGGGACGCUGGGCAAGGGUGGCCCCCGGAACUCAGGGGCAGUGGUGGGUGAGGGCACCGUGGAGUUGGCGCACCUGGCAGGGCCAGGGGUGGCAGAGGGUGAGGAGUGGGGUGGUCCCGAUGGAGAUACGGAGGAGAAGGGCCCACCCGAAGGGUCCCCCCUUCCAAGCUCGGGGCCCGUCAUCCCUGAGGUGGAGACCACAGGCUUCCACAGCAACAGGAAGCGGAGUCGGGGUCACUUUCGGAACAAGAGUGACCCAGACGGUGGGUGCUGAAUGCAGCAGGACCCAGGGGACUCGCUGUAGGGCGCCUCCCCCCAGGAGUAGUAAACCUUGCUCUGUCA